AUGGAUUUGGACGUUAUAAAUAAAUUAAAUGAAAUAUUAUUACAUUUCAAAUUAGUAUUAAACUUUAAUAAUUUCAAUUUAUCAAUCCAUUCAUGUUCAAUCAUUGCGUUAUCAUUUAUAUUCAUAAUUUAUAUUUUGAUUUCAAUAACGUCAAGUAAGAAGGUUGCAUCAAUUUCUGUAAAUGAAGAAAAAUUUAAUAAGAAUUCAUACAUUCCGAAACCAAUUUAUGAUUUUCAAUGGGAUAAAGUUGUACCAGUUAAAUCAUAUCCAUUUAAGAAUGCUCCUUAUAAAUUAACUAUGGGUAUAAAGAAUUUAAAUUUGCAAGAGUGGUUAUUAAUUGAACCAACUUAUUUAAACCGAAUCGAAAAUAAAACCAAAAUCAUUAACAAUUCACAUGCUGAUUAUCCAAAAGAUAAAGAUAUGAGAAAUUCAACUUUGUUUGUAACUCCAGAAGUUAUUCCUUCAAUAAUUGAAUUUUAUGAUAUUGUAAUGAAUUAUAUGUAUAAUAAAUAUCCAACAUGUUUUAAUAAAGAUGAACAUUACUAUUACAAUUUGAUUACUUCGAAAAAGUAUAAAAUAGAUGAAACUGACCCUAAUAAAUUACAAGAAUAUUUAGUUGAAAAUAUUGAAGAAGAUUUUAUAAUAUUAAUGAAAGAUGAAACAAAGGUUAAUGAACCAAAUGGUCAAGAAUAUUUCUUUAAAGGUGGUGUUUUUGCAUUUGCUGCUGGUUUUAAUCCAAGAGAUAGAUUUAAUAAACCUUUAAGUUUUAUUCAUCAUCCUGUACCGAAUUAUGAAACUAAAUUGAAGUUUUCAAUGAAUAAGUUUUUCGAUAGAUUAAAACCAGGUGAAUUUGUUACAAGAUCAAAUUUUUCAAUACAAACUCAUUCAAAAUUUUAUGUUGAUGAUGCAAACAAAGGUCAUAAUUUACCCAAAGAUUUUGUUCAAAAGCCCUUAGAUUAUGACGAUUUAAAUUUUGAAAAAAACCAACAUUAUAGAAGUGAAAGACAGGUUUUAACUAAAUUACCAAAAACCAAAGCAAUUGUAUUUACUAUUAGAACCUAUUUAUUACCUUUAAGUCAAGUGAAAAAUGAUGGUAAAGAAGUUUGCGAAAGAUUAGUAGGAGCAAUUGACGGGUUUCCAGAAGAAGUUGCUCAAUAUAAGAGAUCUCAAGAAUGGGGACCUGCUCUUAAAAAAUAUUUAUUGUCAUAA